AUGGGUAGGUCGCUUGCUAUCGCAUUGGGCGUCAAGCAGAUACCUAACAUCAUUCCAGUGGAUAGAGAUAGCGCGAAACAACUGUGCGAGCAAGUCCUACAGUCGCAUGGUGAGGAACCUGAAAAGAUUGCUGAAAAGUUCCUGGAGAUAUUGGGGUCUGAAGACAUUUCAUUGAACUUUGUACUUCAGUUCAAUGAGCAACUGAAUCUCAAGGAGCCCUCUGAGCCUUCGGCUAUCAAAGCAGACUCUGUUUCGUCUUCUAAAAAUUCGCACUCUACGUUAACAGCUGGCUCCUUGGAGCCUUUGAAGAAUAAAAAACCAGUUUCUACAUCAGUGGCAAAGCCUGGUAAGGUAGCUGGGUCCUCUUCCUUGCCUUUGAAGUCGAAACCAAAUCCGAAAACUGCCCAAGCUGUACAAGAGAAACCUUCAAAAAAUGCCAGACAACGAAAGCUGCAGAACCUGCACGAAAUCGACGACGUUCUCAAGGUCUUGGAGCUGGAGUCCACCGAAAGUGAUUCAAAAAAUUACAAGUGUAACUGCCAGGGUCGCAGGCACCCAUUGUUUGAAAUAGCGCCCAAUUGUCUGUCCUGUGGUAAAAUCAUCUGUGCGCGAGAGGGGCUUCAUCUAAGCGAGUGCUCAUUUUGCGGAGCGGAACUGAUGACCUUAGAGGAAAGGACUAGUAUAAUAGAUGUUUUGAAACAAGAAAGGGAAGACUUGAAGUCGUCUCACUCGCCUGUGGCAGUUGAACGGCCCAAAAAGAGCAAAAGUUUCAAGAUUAGCUCAGGCACGGGAACUAACUUGUUCUCCGAACAAGACAGGCUCUUUGAAAGACUGGAAAAGGAGAAACAACGAGAGCUUAAACGAAAGGAGGUUUUAGAUGGCAUUGGAGAAACCCAAAAGCAAAAUCCCACCGCUGCAGACGACGAUGAAGAAGAUAAGGAGUUGAGGAAUGCCCAAGACCGACUAGAAAGGCUUUUACAUUUUCAGGAUACAUCUGCCCAACGUACAAAAAUUAUAGACAACGCCAGCGACUUCAGCAUGAGCAACGAUUCCAAUAUAUGGGGCAAUGCCCAGGACCGUGCUUUAAUGCUAAAAAAGCAACAAAGGAAUGUUCGAAGAUGGGAGAAACUGGAACAAGAACGUCGUGGUCGACGCGAUAAGGUAGUUAUGGAUCUUGUCAUCGGUAAAGAUGGUAAAGUAAUUAUGAGGGAGGCUACUAGGGUUCCCAAGACAGCACAUGCAGCAGAUGAUGAAGAUGUUGAAGAUAUCAGUGAUGAAGAAGAUGCAAAGGAUUUAAGAGAUAUAGCUGGGCUGAGUGACUCACUUUCACAGUCGAAAAAGGAUGAAGAGGAUUUACUAGCAUCGAAUAUAUGGGACUCUGAAAAGGAUCGGAAACAACUCAAAAAGCCCGUAUAUGUUGGUUUCUCCGGUGAUGAGAUUGCAAAUAGCAGGUAUACAAACGAGCAAAGCAUGGGAAAUAGGGUACAAAUAAGCCAAGACAGUGAAAAUUCUCUAGAACAAAAUAUUUUGGCUGUUCUGUGA